UUUCCUUUUACCAGUGCAAAUCACUGUGCUGAGGCAGGUUGCCAGGCCCACAGUGCUGCUGGACAAAUCCCCCAGUCUACGCAGCUGUCUAAGCAGUAGCAGCAAGGGAGCAUACCUGUGUCUGCUGGUCAGCUGGUGCGCUUUGGCUCUAAUCUUCAGAGUCUCAUAUUUGUGGCUUCCUUAUUUUCAGAUUUCCUCUCAGAAUGUUGCCAGCUGGCACCUCUAGUGCAUAGUUCAAGAUGGAAGGAUCUCUUUGCCUUAGUGCCUGCAGUGGAUCAAGCUGGUGGAGGGUCUUUUACAAUUCCUUUUGUUCCUUUUCUGAACCUCAGUGUUACACUAGAGAUGUCCUUCUUCCAUUUCGUGUCAGGAGCUCUUCUAUAAGCCAUAAAUUGGAGUAAUAUGAAAACAACUGAAAAUUAUUUCAAAUUUGGACCGUGUGUGCUUGGCUGGGACUAAUGUCCUCUCACGUAAUUCCUCACUGAUCAGGUGGGAGCUGUGAGGCGGGAGGGACACAAAACUACUGUUAUAAGGUAGUUAGUACCGUGAUACCUGGCCUGUGAUCAGGAUUUCUGUGCUGCGUAGAAGAGCCCAAAUCCUUUGAGCUGUCUCAUGAUGUGGUUGCUCUGUCUCGCUCCAGCUGGCUGCCAUUACAUGAAGAUAGUGCUAUUGACUGGUUCUUUCUGCACCUGGCAGGUGGAAAAGAUUAUUCUCUCUUCCACAACUUUCUAUCUCCUCUAGAUUCAGAGGAAAAGGUAAAGCCAGUGUCUUUGGAAUGCCCAACGUUGGAGCAUGAUGAUACCCUUAGCCAUACCACAAUUGCUUUAAUCAUGCCUCUUUCAGACUAAUGAAUAAUUAACUGCUGUGUGCAUAUGCACAGACAUGCUGGUCAUGGGCAUCUCUGCAGGGUCGUGGUGACCUGCAGAUGACCACAGGGAGCUGUUUACCUCAGUAUGCAACCUCUUGGCUGCUGCCUGUUUGUUAUCUCCUUGGCUACCAGCUGACCAAAGCUAGUGUCUUCGUGACCUGCUUCGGCAACAAGGUAGCGGUGACUGCUCCCCAGCCUUCUCGAAGCUUGCGUGUGCAAACAGAUUGAGUUGAGCAAGGUGCGAAUGUGCAGCAAGGCAGCUCCCACACUGCCACUCCCCCAAGGUAAGUGCAAGGUGGCUCACAGGAGAGUGGCAGGCUAUUUUUGUUUCCAAGGGUAACAGCUUUCCCACAGGAAGUUACCAUGAAGAGGCCAACCCUUGUUAGCUGGUUUCCAGGCCUGUCAUUGGCUCUGUACAUGAAAGCACAAGCCUCAGCCUCCCAAAAUUCAGCUGUGUGUGUCAGGGCCCCUGCUCUGAAGCAAGUGUUUAAGGUAAUAAGAUUGAUUGUCCUGCCUGUUGCAAGUUGAGCCAUGCUGUGCUGGUCCCCGUGUGCUAGAAGAAAGACUUUUGUCCUCCUUUUGCUGUAGAUGUGGCACAUUUUUGGGCAUACCUAUAAUUUUCAGGGGAGUAAGGUUUACGGAUCAGAAAUGGUCCCUUGUUCUGUGUUUUCCACAAGAGACUCCUCUGUGGCUGAUGGACUUGCUGGAUUGGGACCAGAGGAGGCCACGAAGAUGACUGGAAGGCUGAAGUACCUCUGGUAUGAAGGCAGGCUGAAAGGGUUGAUGUUGUUCAGCCUGAAGAAGAGAGGACUCCAGAGAGACCUUAUAGCACCUGCCAGUACCUAAAGGGUGCCUACAGGAAAGCUGGAGAGGGACUUCUUCGCAGGGUGUGUUGUGAUAAGACAAGAGGUAGAGGUUUUAAACUAAAAGAGGUUUGUUCAAAUCUGAAUGUGGGGAAGAAGUCUUUUACAAUGAGGGUGGUGAAACACUGGAACAAGUUGCCCAGAGCCAUGGUGGAUGCCCCAUCCCUGGAAACAUUUGAGGUCAGGCUGGAGAGGGCUCUGAGCAACCCGAUCUAGUUGAAGGUGUCCCUGCUCAUUGCAGGGGGCUUGGACUAGAUGACCUUUAAAGGUCCCUUCCAACCCAAACUAUGAUUUAUGGUGGAGCCUCUGGGGCCUCUCUGCUUUUGACUAUAAAAGUGCAGUUUGUUGCUGGAGGAUUUUACCUUAUGAAUUUUCAGCAGAAAGCUAGGAAAGUUGGCAACAGUUGGCUUGCUAUUGUGUUUCCCUCUCAUUUCUUGCCCCCUGCAUAUUGCUGCCAUUACCCAUUAAAGCAUCAGAGUGAGUCAGAUGUAGAAAAUGAGAUAAAAACCGCAGGGUGAUGCAUGGGUGCCAGCCAAAUGACUCUUUCUAUCUCCCCGUCCCGUAAAGCUGUGAUAGCAGCUCAGGGGGCUGUGCUUCAUGACUUCAUCCCUCCCUGCUGAGGGGAGAUGGGCAACAUCAUUAUCAGCUGCCAGGGAGUCCUGACUUGGAGCCUGCAGUGAAAAUGUCCUCAGAUGUAGGGCUCCUCCUCUGCCCCAAGGGUGACUUGAACCUGCUGGGAAGAUGGAGGAAGAGCUGGAGGGGGAAGAUGAGAAGAAAGAAGUGCAAACUCUACCGCUUCACUGUGAUGAUGUCAUGGCAACAAGGUACAUCGAUGUGCUGUCAGGCGAUUGGGGCAGGCUUUGAAGGUCUCCAGCUCUUCCUCGUUGCUGCAGGCUCGUGACUGACUCGCUGAAAAAUGUCUUGGUUAAUAUUUUAUGCCUCCAUUGAAGUGCUAAGGGUGGCAAGUGCCCCACCUAAGCCCCCUGCCUCUGCUUUCCAGUGGGAUGCUAAAUCGGGGAGGGAGGUAGGAUUGUAAGCUUCCCUGGGACGGGACUCACAGUCAGUAGGGUGGCUUCAGCCCAUAGCGUCCCUGUGCCUGUCUGACUCUAGGACAUAGGAAGGAGGUUUCUAUCCCCUCCAGCCCACUUUGGAGCUGGCUUGGGACACCGGAAGGAGGGGGGUCUCCCUCUGUCCUCAGUCUCCCAGGGCUGGAUCUGGAAUAAAGAAAUCUCUGGCCCUGCUCUGGGAGCUGAGCUCAGCUCCUUUGAUGCAAUCAGUUAGUACACGGAUUUUGGUGGGGGUUUUGUGGUUUGGGGUUUUUUUUGUUUGUUUUUUGUUGGGUUUUUUUUCCGCCCUAAGCAAUGACCUAAUGAUCCCAUGUUCCAGUUACCAGCUACCACCCCUCCUAGGUGCCUUCUUUCCAAAUCGUGCAUCUGGACUGGAUCCAGCAAACUUCCCAGAGCAAGACGCCGUGUUCCUUUCCCCAAGGAAGCCAUCUGCUUCCCUCCACUCAGCUCCUUCUGUGGGGCUUUGGGCUCGCCAGCCGGGCUGGAAAGCUCUCCUCCUCCUCGCUUGCCCCGGCUCUCAUCGGCCAUCUUGUCAGCACAAGGCACGGGGAAGGGAACACGGGGCUGGCUGAAUCUGGGGCGGCUGAUGGUGUCAGCCGGAGGCGGUUUCCAGGCAACUGUCGCGCCGUGGGACACGCGAGCCAAGAACACCGGGAACACCGCGUUCUCAGCGCACCGCCUGGGAGGGGACCGAGCCUGACACGGCACAGCAUGGUGUGGAGAGGGCAGCGUGAGCGAGAGGGUAGUGCAGGGAUGGCAGCAGAGGAAGGGGUCUCCAGAAUAUCCCCCUCUGUCCACUGAUCAUCAUACCCUCUCUGGCUUGGAGUGAGAAUUUCCAAGCUGGCUCCUGGUGCAACAUGCAGCAAGGAAGGAUCACAUGAUGUAUGGGAUUUCACAUGCCUUCUGCAUCCUUUGGGAAAUCAAAGAAAGGAGAAACAUAAUGCCAGAUUCUGUACCCAAGCCCCCAGGCUUGUUGCAGGUGGUCCUGUGCUUCUCUGUCCUUUAACAAAUCCAAAGUUCCCUCCCUACAAGUCAUGAACCAUUUGUGUGCACGCAGCCCAGCUCUGUGUCCCUGGAUGUCACUGAGAAAGGGAAUUUCUUGUAAAGUUGGGCUGCCCUUCCCUUCCACAAGCUGCCAGUGCUCCCCAUGCUUAGUAGGUCCCACUGCCCCUCUGCGGUGAUGUCCAAGGCAGCAUCCCCACUCCUGCCUACCUGCCUGCCUUCCCCACCUGCUUUAGAGGCUCUGGGAGCAUCCCUACCCAUGAACCUACCCUGCUUGGUAACCCUUCCUUACACUGCCAGCCCACCAUUUCCCUUCCCGGCAAUGCUGAUACUCACAUUCCCUUUGUUUUAUGCCAUUUGAGUGGUUUUUGAUAGGUGCAUUUAGUACAACUGAUUUUGAAUGGAUGAAGGAGGGUGAUAAAAUUGCUUUGGCUAAGCAGCAGGGAAAAGAUUCUCCUGGAUUCUGAGUGUGAGGCUGUGAUGCACAUGGAGAAUGGAGCUGCAGAGUGCUUGGCAGGGUGGGUGCUGCAGAGGGGCAGAACUGCUUUAAUGCCGUGUAUGCCAGGAAAUGUUCUGCAGCCCCAUGUGGGUGAUAGCACAGAGAGACAGGACAGUGAGGGGGUCAACUGCAGCCAGUGCUGCCCCUGGGCCAGCUUUGCAGCUAUUGAUUUGGAACUUGCCCCGUUCACCCUAACCUUGGCAGUGCCAGCUUGACCCUUAUCAGCACUGAUAAACCCCGCCACAACCUCCUGUCCCAUCCUGGUGGUGUCACUCUGUGAGUGCCGCACUGGCAGAUCUGUCCUGUGACUCUGUUCUUGCACCAGUUGCUCUAUUGCUGCGAUGCUCUAAAUCCAGGACACCUCUCUUUUAUUUUUACACAGGGGCUGUGGCCACACCAACUCUUUUAACCCUAGGUGGGUGCCUACCCCUUGCUGAGUGUUUUGGGCAAGGAAGGAUGUGGCGCCGGCUGCAAACACUUUUCCAAAGGAAAUUUAAAAUCAGGCUUCUCUUUCUUCUGCUCUUGGCCCUCCUUGUACACCUGGUGAUGGAUUUUGCUCUCCCUGCAGCUCACAAGCCCUGCAGCUGCGAUACAAAAGCACCAAAAGCCACAGGUGUCCCAUCAGGCAGCCCCAUGCUGUCCAGCCUCAAAAAGCUGAGCCUGCGAAUCCUUCAGGAUUUCGGUGGCAGCAAUAGCUCCUUGGAAAAAACCUCUCAGCUACAGGGAGCAGGGCUGCACGCAAGGACUGGAGAGCUGUGGGUCCAGCACCAACAAGAAGGCGGCAAUGCGGGACGGACCAAGGAAUCAAAGCUGGCGGCACUUUUUGAGCAUCCUCUUUACAACAUUCCAAUCCCAGAGGUGACAGAGAAAGAUAAGCUGUUUGUCGUCAACCCCAUGGAGAAAUUCAGCCUGCGCAGCAGCAGGAGUGACGAAUGGAUCAGCAGCAGUAAAGCCGAGACGCUCCUCCCGACAGGGAAGACGGCCUAUGACACCUACCCCACCUGGCUCAAAUUCCAUGUUGGCAUCAACCGCUAUGAGCUGUACCCCCGCUGGGACCCCCUGUUGCCCACACUCCUCCAGGACUUGGCCACACAGAGGAUCAUCAGCUCAGUCCAGAAGUCUGGCGGGACCCAGCUCAAGCUCAUCAUGACGUUCCCAAAUUACGGGCAGGCCCUCUUCAAGCCCAUGAAGCAGACCCGGGACCAGGAGACCCCUGUUGAUUUCUUCUACUUCUCGGACUUUGAGCGGCACAACGCAGAGAUUGCAGCCUUCCACCUUGACAGGAUCCUGGAUUUCCGGCGAAUCCCCCCAGUUUCUGGCCGUUUGGUGAAUAUAACAAAGGAGAUUCGUGACAUCACCACAGACAAGAAACUGGCUAAGACUUUCUUCAUCUCCCCAGCGGGUAACAUCUGCUUCUAUGGGGAGUGCUCCUACUACUGCUCCACCGAGCACGCCCUCUGUGGCAAGCCGGACCGGCUGGAGGGCUCCAUGGCUGCCCUGCUCCCUGACAAGACCUUGGCCAAGCGCCGCUCCUGGCGCAGCCCCUGGCGCCGCUCCUACCACAAGAGCAAGAAAGCUGAGUGGGAGCUGAACCCCAACUACUGCGCUCGGGUGCGAGAGACGCCGCCCUACGACAGGGGCCAUCGCCUCCUUGACCUCAUUGACAUGACGAUCCUCGAUUUCCUUAUGGGCAACAUGGACCGGCACCACUACGAGACCUUCGAGAAAUUUGGGAAUGACACUUUCCUGCUCCACCUGGACAAUGGCCGUGGCUUUGGCACACACUCGCGCGACGAACUGUCCAUCCUGGCCCCCCUCCAGCAAUGCUGCAGCAUCAAGAAGUCAACCUACCUGCGUCUGCAGCUGCUGGCCACCCAGCCCUACCGCCUGAGUGACCUGCUGCGGGAGGCGCUGGCCACAGAUCCACUGGCCCCCAUCCUGGCUGAGCCCCACCUGUGGGCGCUGGACCGUCGCCUGGGGAAGGUGCUGGUGGAGGUGGGACACUGCCUGGCCAGGGCAGCCCACCCAGAUGAGGUGCUGGUGGAUGAUGUGGGGUCAUGGGAGUGAUGGGGGGCUGGGUAUCCUGCUGGGUUGGGGUGUGUUUGGGUGCUGCCAAGGAUGAUAUGGGAUCAGCAUGCAGCUCUGACUUUGUGUAGUGUCGGCCUUUUGGCAGUGCCAAAGCUGGUGGUGUGAUGUACCAGGAAAGCGGGUUGUAAGGAUAGCUGGGACAGGGAGAGAUUUUAAAUAAAAAGGUUGGCCUAGUGGA